AUGUUGCUGUCAGGUGUAGGACGCACGUCCCGCCUCUGUGCGGACCAAAUCAACAAAGACCUUCCCACAGUGCCGCCCUUAUUCUGUUUUGACCAGGUGGACAGCGGCGGCGGUGGCUCGGCUGAAGUGAUGGUGUACUCUCUCGGCUGGGGCAUGGGCGAGCCGGAGCGGCGCGGCGCGGAGCGAAAGCGCGCCCAGCCGCCCACCAUCAGCGUCGUCCACGCACCGCUCUCGCCCGAUGACGGUCAUGAAGUAGACGUCCUACCUCUCCAUAACCAGGUUGGAGGUCACACCAGACUGCUGGUGUUAAAUGACAGUACAGUAAUCAAGCCGCUUAAUAUACGCGAGCUGCAUUUUUACCAGAACAUUCCUGAAGAUAUCCAGAACUUUGUACCCAGAUACAAAGGCGUGAUGCAGGCAUCUAACACUGGUGGCCCCAAAUUGGACAAACGCUACUCUCCUUGUUUCCGCGACGAGAACGGGCGCAAGCAAUCACUGGGCGGCAAGCGCAAGCGCGACGAUGUAUUCAAAUUUAAGGUACACCGGAACGGCAAUGCGAGCGACGUCCUAAAAAGUAUUGCACACAUAGACAAUACAAAUAAGCAGUAUUACCUGAUGAUGGAGAAUAUAACAUCGUCGUACCGACGGCCGUGUGUCCUCGAUCUGAAAAUGGGCACGCGACAGCACGGUGACGACGCUUCCGCAGAGAAACGCACAAAACAGAUUGCCAAGUGUGCGGCGAGCACCUCAGCUACGCUCGGUGUUAGGUUGUGCGGAAUGCAGGUAUACGAGGCAGAAACAGGCGCGUGUGUGCGGCGUGACAAGUACUGGGGGCGCGCGCUCACGGAGAGCGGACUGCGAGAAGCGCUGCGCGACUUCUUCGCGGCCGGCAGCGCGCUGCGCGUGCGGGUCGUGCGGCGCGUGCUGCGCGACCUGGACGCCCUGCGCCGCGCUAUCGCCAAGCAGACCAGCUACCGAUUCUACUCAUGUUCUUUAUUAAUAGUCUACGAGGGAGACUUGUCCAGCACGCUUUCGACGGACGAAGCCAGCGGCGUGAGCGAGUACGACGGCGACGCGUCGAGCAGUUCGACCGAGUGUGCGCCGUCACACUUCGACAUGUCCACGUUACACGACGAAAUCACGUCCGACUCGCCGGGUCGCGAGCCUUUCAGACCGCAUUCCGAGGAGACGAUGGGCGGCUACGAGGACGGCGAGGUGGCCGGGAACUCGCCACGGCGCCAGCCGCCCAGCCCCGACUCGGCGGACAGCUGGAUGGCGUACUCGUCCACGUCCAGCGAGUCGUGGCGCGGCGAGGCCGAGGCGAGCGCGGAGGCGACGGAGGCGAGCGGCAAGCGCGCGCGCACGCGGGACGGCUGGGCCGCGCCGCGCCUCGCGCCUGUGGCGGCCGACGAGCGCAUGGACGUGCGCAUGAUCGAUUUCGCGCACACGGCCUUCGCCGGCGCCGCGGCCGAGUCGCCGCUGGCCACGGCCACGCCGCACCACGGGCCCGACUGUGGUUUUCUCACCGGCAUCGACAGUCUCAAGCGCCUGCUCACUGAAAUUCUGCCCCCGCAGCCCUACAGUUAA